AUGUCUGACCUAAAAUCACUCAGGAAAGAAAACCAAGACUUGAAGACUCAAGUAGAGUCAUUAAUGAAAGAAUUCCAGAAGAUAAGCGGCCAAAUCGAUACGAAUUCGAAGAAGAAAGUCAAUACAAAAUCAAAGCAGAAUGUUGACCAAGGGCAAGGCGAGAAAGAAAAGGCGAUUGAAUUUCUAAGCGACCAAUAUGAUGAUUUACUUUCAUAUAAUCUUUCAUAUAAUAGCAAGAUGAAGAAAGAUCUUGAUCACCCAAUUAAACGAAAUUA